GUGAUUGAAGAAUGAAGGUUGUCAGACAAAGCUAUACUACCUUGAUUUGAAGGAAGAAAUUUUUAGUUUUUAAUAAUUUUAUAUAUUUUUUGUCAUUUAAAUGUUGUUGUUUUACAUCUUUAGCUUUUAUAGUAUUUGUUUUAUUAUAUUUUAUUCAGAAUAUUGGAUUUGUUUUUAAAUGUUUCAUUUGUGACGUUGGUUUGACUGUAUAUAACAGCCUUCUAAUUAUUAUUUGUAUGUUUUUUUGUAUAGUUAAAUUGUAGAUGUUGAUGUUUAUGAAAGUGCUUUUUAUUGUUAAAAUUAUAGCCUAUUUCUCAUUGUAGGCUUAGAAGGUGGUUAGGUUUGAUUCUUCAAUGAUUCAAUGAUAUUACCUUUUAACCUUAGCAAAUGUCUGAUUCAUGUGAUAUGGAGGAGAGUAAGAAGAAAACAGAUGAUCAAAAUGUGAAACCAUCUCCCUUUAGUGACGCAGUGUAUCGUGAGCUAUCACGCAUAAACGGCCGCAUCAACCAAAUGAGCAAUGCAGCUGUGUGCUCAAAAGUACGGGAAUUGAAAUUGAACUCUGAAGGAUCAGCUGAAAUUUUGAGGAAACGCCUCAAGAAUUACUAUAAAAAACAAAAACUUACCAGCGUGAACCUACUCUCUGUAAGCAAGCUCUUUCCGUUCUAUGUAAUUGUGGACUUUGAAGCGACCUGCGAGGAGGUUAACCCGCCGAAUUAUCCCCACGAAAUCAUAGAAUUCCCCGCGGUGUUGGUGGACACGGAGAAACAGUGUGUCGUCGACAACUUCCAGUCGUUCUGCAAGCCAACUUUGAACCCAGUGCUGACAGAUUUUUGCAUUGCGCUGACUGGGAUAACCCAGGAUCAGGUGGAUUCAGCGAAGCCCUUUCCUGAAGUUUUGGCUGAUUUCGAGAAGUGGUUGUCGAAACACAAGCUCGGGAUGAAGCACAAAUAUGCCAUCGUGACGGACGGGCCCUGGGACAUGGGCCGCUUUCUCUACGGCCAGUGUGAGAUUUCAAACAUACCAUACCCGUCGUUGGCAAAGAAGUGGAUCAACAUCCGCAAAGUUUUCAGCAAUUUCUAUCGUUGCAAAAAGUCAUGCCUUAAGCUGAUGCUGGAGCAUCUGCAGAUGGAUUUCGAAGGGCGGCAGCACUGUGGACUCGACGACGCUCGCAACAUCGCCCGUAUUCUGCUGCGGUUGGUAACGGACGGUGCGAGCAUCCAGUACAACGAACGCAUACAUCUUCCAUCGAGCAGUAAGCCGAGCGGAAACAAACGCAACGAACCGCCCGCGCGCCUCGUGGUGCCGAUCAUGCCCUCGGAGCCGCUGAAGAACAUCACGCACGUGCGUCGCCAGCGCGGCAAGUGGGAGAGCCGGCAGGUGCAAGUGAGCGAGGAGGACACGGACGAGGAGAACUGUGGGAAGUGAUGCUCUGAUACUUCCAUGUAUGUUAACCUUAUGGUGACAAGUGAUACUGGUACAAUACAGAGAAUAGAGGGCUGUAGUUUAGUUCAUGGGGGUUAUCAGCAAAGUUACGUAGAAAACCUUUUAUUACUUGGCAGUAAAAUUUUGUGGUAUAUGCCUAUGUCCAGACACAUUUUAUUUCACUUUUUCACACUGGUUCUUAAAAUCAUUUCACUGCCAUCUUUGUAAUAACAUGUUACCAGAAAAACAUUUUUGGCAUACAUACACACGUAAUUCAAAUCAUAUAGUUUUUCCUUAAAGAUUUUAGGUUUUUGUGUGUAUUUUCAUUUAAGUCUUGUGCAAACAUCAGUGACUUAUCUACUACUGAAUAUGACUAUUACAUACGUUAAGUAAAGGUGAAUUAUUGUAUUCAAAUACAUAAAUUUAACAUUAGUGAAAUUAAAUUUUGGUAGUUGUAUUUUGUUCUUCAUUUGUUGAGUUUUAACAUCCUUUUUCAUUACUUUCAUUUAAUCUCAUAAUGUCAAAUUCUAGAUUCUUUUCCACCUAACCAAUUUUGCCAAAUGCUGAAUUUGUCAUAAACAUGUUGCAGACAGACAUUUAGAACCUUGAUAAAGAAAAAUAAAUGAUUGUGAGUAGCCUAUAUCUAAAAUUAAUAACCUUUUGUAAGUUUUGUUCAUGAUUUUUCAGUUCUGUGGCAUUUAAAAUGUACCGGUAGUAGUUUAUUGCUAUGAGUUAUUGAACAUAUUUUUAUAUUUCCUAUUAAAUGUAAUAUUUUUGGUUUGAACUCAAUUGUUACAAUCAUUUUUGUGAAGCUAUAUGCCUUUUAUAUGUACAUUUCAGUUAAUAUUUUACUAUUUAUUACUUUUUAUUGUUCCUAUAAAAAAAAAUAAAACAAGGGUCUACAUGUUAUUGUACUAAAAUCAUCUAUUUUAAUGUGUUAGUUUUUCGUUUAUAUUUUGGAAACACAAACUUAAUUGACGGUAAAUAUAACAGUAAUUUUGGAAAUAAAAUUUGGUAAUUUAAAUAUACCAAUUGAGAACAAAAAAAAUUAAAAUAUGAAGAAUACAUAAAUUAUUUUGUAACCACAUGACUAACAUUUGUGCUUCCUCCUCUAGCAGACCAUACUGUUAUUGGUAAAAUUUGUGUUAUUUACAGUGUUGAUGAGAAUUAUUGUGUUUCAUCCAAGGUAAUACAGUUUUUGUCAGUAUUCAUUUAGUAGUUAAUGGGAAAAGAACUGGUGAAUAUAAUAGAUUCAUUAGUUUAUGUCAAUAUAAAUACGCACAAAGAAAUAUUUUUGUAUAUUCCUGUAUCAGCGUAUUUUGAGAAAAGUAUGAGCAUGAAACAAAUAAUUUUCAGAUUCAAUAUGGAAAAAAAAUUUUUUAUUAAACUUUAUUUCCCCAAAUGUGUACAUAAAUAACAAAUAUGAUAAUUAUAUGCUUGUGUAAUAAAUAAAUGUCAUCUUUGUACAGUGUUGCAGUGUAUGAUACAUUGUUUGAAUGGUGUCAUUAAAUAUGCAGUAAAACCUCAUUAAUUCAUUACUUUUGUAUAUUUAUUUAAUCAUCAUGCCAUCAUAAUUUUAAAAGACACAGUUUGGUCUUUUGUAGUCCUGUAUUAAAGUAUAUAUAAUUUUGUUCUCAUCAAAUUUUAAAUUGAAAAUGGUUUAUUAAAAAUAUUCUUGGUUGGAUUAAAUAAUAAAUUUUAUUUUAUCCUUCUAGUUUGGUUAGCUGUUUAUCUUUAAUAAUUUCUGUGUAUGAAAAUUGUAAGCUUUAUUAGGGGUUCCUGCUCUUAAUUUUUAAGCAUUAGUCAUUAUGUAGUAAUUGGUUUUGUCAUCAGAGUUAUACAAUUGUUUGAAUUUAAUGUUAAAUAGCUUAUGUGUAAGGGUAAUAAAAUUUCAUUUAUGACG